AUGCUGAGGGAACUCCAUCUCUCCCUGUCGCUCGUCCUGGUGUUUGCCUGUGGCCUGCUAUACCGGCUCACCCUGAGGUCCCAAUGCUUCUUUGCCUGCCUACCUCUCUUCACAUCUCCUCCGGGGCAGGAAGACCUCCUAAGCAGUGGACGAAGCAUUGUGUUCAUAGAGACUUCUGAAAGAGUGGAGCCACCUCCACUGGUGUCCUGUGCUGUGGAGUCUGCUGCCCAAAUCUACCCGGAACAGCCGGUCAUCUUCUUUAUGAAAAGGCUCAGCAAUGCCACACAGCUGAACUCAAGCACCAGCUACCCAGCCUUCUCCCUGCUCUCAGCCAUAGAUAAUGUUUUCUUUGUCCCUUUGGACAUGAGAAAACUGUUUGAAGACACACCCUUGUUUUCAUGGUACACCAAAGUCAACAGCAGUACUGAGAAACACUGGCUCCAUGUCAGCUCAGAUGCAUCCCGCCUGGCUAUCAUCUGGAAAUAUGGUGGCAUCUACAUGGACACUGAUGUCAUCUCCAUCAGGCCCAUCCCCGAAGAGAACUUCUUGGCAGCCCAGGGUUCCCGGCACUCUAGUAACGGUGUAUUUGGGUUUCUCCCCCACCACCCCUUUCUGUGGGCCUGCAUGGAGAACUUUGUUGAGCACUAUAACUCAGACAUUUGGGGCAACCAAGGUCCCAAUUUGAUGACAAGGAUGUUAAGGGUGUGGUGCAGACUUAAAGACUUCCAAGAGCUGGGUGACCUGAAGUGUCUGAAUAUUUCCUUCCUUCAUCCCCAGAGAUUUUACCCUAUCCCCUAUCCAGAGUGGAGGCGCUACUAUCAAGUGUGGGACACAGAGCCAAGCUUCAAUGACUCCUAUGCGCUGCAUUUGUGGAACUACAUGAAUAAAGAGGGCAGGACUGUGGUUAGAGGAAGUAACACCCUGGUGGAAAAUCUCUAUCGAAAGCACUGUCCUAAGACUUACAGGGCUCUGAUUCAAGGUACAGACGGGAAAGUGUCCAGGGAGCCAGGUACAGGUAACACAUAGAGGGCUACUGCUGCUGUGGGAAACUGGACACUUCUGGGCUGCCCUACUCUCUACUGUCUCUAGAGGCUGGGAGUUAUCCACAUCUUCAGGAUUAACUUUCCCUGGUAAUAAUACAUACUUCAAAAGAAAAGUGGCUGUAAAUGUAGAACAUAUUUAUCCUUCAUGGAGCAGCAAGUCUGAAGGCAGAUAAUUUAAGGACAGGCAUGUUAAUAGUGGCCAUUGGAAGCCCCAGCUUGAAUCUUUCAGAUUGUUGUCCUAGCAUCUGUAGACCAUGUUCCAAGUGGCUGCUGGACCUCCAGCCCAUCAUCUGGCUAUUCCAGACACUAGGAUGAUAGAAGGAGGAAAGAAAAUGCAUUUCAUAAAGACUUUAUGCAAGUAUUGUAUAAGUGCAAAUACUGUGUAUCCUUGCAUCUCCCUGGCUAGACUGUAGCUGCAAGAGAGACUGGUAGUUCGCUAAUAGGUCUGCUUAUGUUCUGUUCUAUUUAAUAUUGUAAGAUUAAUUUUAACACCUGUCAGAAUGAAAGGGACAUGGCUGUUAUUGUUGUUGUUUUGAUUUUUGAGACAGGGUCUUGCUAUGCAGUUCUGGCUGUCCUGGAACUCUCUGUGUAGACCAGGAUAGCGUCCAACUCACAGAGAUCUACCUGCCUCCCCCUCCUGAGUGCUGGGAUUCAAGGCAUGUGGCAUCAUACCCAGCCCUUGACUUUGACAUCUGUAUUAAUCCAUUUUCUGCCACUAUAACAAAAUACUGGAACUGGGAAAUUUAUUAAGAAAAGAGGUUUAUUUAUCUCAGACAUUUGGAGGCUGAGAUCUUGACUCAGAUGACUCUUUCUAUUUGGUCUCUAGUGAAGCCCUCAUGGAGGAUGGCAUCACAGUGACAGGACGCAUAUACAAGAGGUCACAUGGUGAGUCAGGAAGCCAGAAAAGUGUAGGAGCCAAGUCCCUUGCAACUCCCCCCAUGGGAGGGGGCAGAGGGAAGGUCUUGCUGUGUAUCCCAGGCUGGCCUCAAACUCUCAGUCCUUUUUCCUAAGCCUCAGAGGGCUGGGAUUACAAGUGUGUGCCACCAUGGCCAGCUCAGACUUCCUCUUUUUGUAAGAACCAACUGGAAUUCCAUCAAAAGUAUAUUAAUUCCUUCUGAUGAUGGAACCCUCCCAUGACCUCAUUGCAUUGCUCUUCUUCUCAAAUGUUCUGCUUCCUCUCAACGUUGCCACACUGGAGACUGAACUUAAAACACAUGAGCCCAUGUGUAAACUACAGCAGUGUUCACCAAUCCAUU